UUCAUGUUGACAAAAAGGAAGUGAGAAGUGCUGCUGAAAGCCCCAUGAGGGGCUGCAUUACGAGAAGGGGAAGUGUGAACAGCAGCAGCAGCAAAGUUUGCGAAACUGUCAGAACGCAGACAGACUAUUCAGAUACAGAUUAUUCUUCUAAGCAGGUCUGGUCAGAGGGUGUCACAUUAUGGCUCAACGAUGUCUCAAGUUUUUGAAAUACACCAUGUGUGUCGCCAACUUCCUUUGUUUUUGUUGCGGCAUGGCGGUUCUGGGCUUGGGCGUGUACAUGAUGGUGAACUUCAGGAUGGCCGCACUCCUCCCCACCCUGGUCAUUAUCAACAUAGACAAAAUGCUGCUGAUCUGCGGCAUUGUCAUCACCUGCGUGUCCUUCCUGGGGUUCCUGGGUGCUCUGAAGGAGAACCGCUGUCUCCUCCUGAUGUAUUUCCUGCUGCUGUUCCUUCUGAUGCUGGUGGAGCUGACCGCAGCAUGUCUGCUACUCGUGUUCGAGGGACAGGUUGCUACAAUGAUAGAAGACGAUCUCAACAAGAGUUUGAAAGAAGCCAAAGCAAAUUCUACAGAUCCAGUACUGAGUGAGUGGGAUCUGGUUCAGAAUAACUUUGACUGCUGUGGAGUCAAUAAUGUGACGGACUGGGAAGACAAUGUGCCGAAAUCUUGCUGCCUGAGCAAAUGCAGCAGCCCUGAGCCUCCUUACAAGCGAACGGGUUGUUUGGUAAAAUUGAAGACCUUGUUUGAGGACAAUUUCCUUACCACUGGAAUUUCCGUCAUCGUCCUCUGCAUUAUUGAGGUUUUGGGGAUGUGUUUCGCCAUGACGCUCUUCUGCCACAUCAGCCGAUCUGGACUGGGCUACAAGUUAUAGACCAGUGGAGGGCAAACAGUGGCCUAUGGACCAAAUUAGGCCCCCUCAGAAAAAUAUUUUGCUGUUCAAAGAGAGCUGAACUUUUUGCUUUAUUAUUCACAAAUCUACUGUAGGUAAAUGUAAAUAACUGUUGAUUAAAUGUUGGCUCUUUUCCGUGGCAAAAAAA